CAAAUGAUUGGCUAGUUGGACAAGACGUCACGCCAUGACAUGAUUUCACCAGAUGACUGCCAUUAGACAGACGACUUAGAAAAUUAAACUAAGACUGACUUUGAAACGAAUUAGACUGGAAUUUCUUUUUCGUAUAGAGCCUAAGGCAAGCUAUUAUAAAGACAAAACCAUGACUUGGGGAACGAAGGAAUCCGAGUCCAAGGCACCGCCCCCGGCCUACACAACCAUGGCGCCUGCCUCGUUCGUGCCCGUGUCCUCACAAUACUCGCAUCACCCGAAAAAAUCCGUCCUGGCCGUUUCGAGCAUCACCCUGAUCUCCGGGAUCUUCUGCUUUCUCCUCGGCAUCGGCCGGUCAUGCGUCGCGGGGCAUUUUGAAGGGCUGGGAAUGGCCUGCGGUAUCUGGUUCAUCAUCACUGGUAUCCUCGGCAUCGUAUCAGUCUACAAGAGAACCAAGGGACGACUUGUUGCAACAGCUGUCUUAGCACUGCUGGCCACGUUGGUUGCAUUGUGGCUAGGGUGCACCAUGUCUAAUUGGUACUGGAGUCACGAUGGCUACAAUGGCGGGAGGGAUAUGAUGGACAGGGAUCGUCAGAGGAUAGACAACGGCGGUAUACCUGUAGACGGUGACAUGAAAGGAGAUAGCAACAGGAAAGGAGAUAGCAACAUGAAAGGAGAUAGCAACAUGAAAGGAAAUAGCAACAUGAAGAGAGAUGGCAACAUGAAGAGAGAUGACGACGACAUGAAGAGAUAUGCCAAAAGGAAAAGAAAUUACGACGAGAAAUCCGGGGACUACGAGUUGGGCAUCAAUGGAUUCUUGUUCUUCUUUUCCCUCCUGGUGUUCUGUUGCACGAUCCCGCUGACGGUCUACGCCCUGAAGACUGUCACUUCCCCGAGGAACGGUCCAUCACAAGGCGUGUAUCCUCGUCUUACUCCGAUCAUCGCAUUCCCCCCAUCCAAGGACCCGAACCAGCUUGAUUCGUUCAAUGGAAAUGAUGACUACAUCUGAAUGCAAGAUGCUCUCAAAUCCACAUUUUGUGAGACCGAAAACAGAACUUUGUGACAGAUGAGUAAGGUGUACAUAGGGACACAGAUAAUCAACUGAGAUCUACUUUUUCUUUGGUAACUAGUUACACAUAUCGCUUGCACGGAUGUAGGGUGACAAGAUUCAUUAUGAUAGACAAUUUCUGCAAAUUUCGAAAAAAUCCAAAAACAACACUUUCGUCAUGAACAAAGCUUUGGAGUAUAUACUGUCAGUGUUUUGUUUUUUCGAUGCGAACCCGAGGACAUUUACUUUUAAGGGUGACCCUUUUUUAUGAUCGAUACAAUGAUUUUCCGUAAGGACAGACGCUGCAGAAAGGUAUAUUGUGUGAUGAUAACAAUAAAUUUCGUAACAUACAAAUGCACAUAAUACAUGUAAUGCAAAAGACUAUUCACAUGGAGAGAUCAAAAUUAAAUAUCCGUAUUUUUCGCCGCCAUCUCAGGGAAUGACAAGCCUUUCAAACUGAAACAAGUGGAUUCUUUAUAAGUUACACUCCGGAUGCAGUGUACCGGCCUCGUCCUAUCGCCCGACCAUGAAGGAGAGACGAUCAGGAUGACGAAAUGGACUGCAAGCGAGUGUAUUAUAACACCUUUCGGCCGGGAUUCACUCACUUUUUAGGUGCAUUUCAUGUAUAUAAUUUUUAAUUACAUUUUAGAACUAUCUAUCUCAAAUAGGAAAACUUUUGGCGAUGAUUGAGCAUGAUUCCAUCACGUUUCAUCGUAUUCCCUUUUAUCCGUUCAAUCCGUCAAUUCGAUGACACCAUGAUCUUGCCGCCAUCUUGAGGAUGGUAAAAUGUAACAUUAGUGAUAAAACUCUUGAUCUGAAACAUGUAAAUACACAAAGCCUAAUAAGGCUACAUGCAAAUAUACAUUGUAAUAACAUAUAAACGGAAUACUUUGGUCAACUAUCAUGACUCAAUAGUUUGCAAUAUUGAUGUAAAACAGCUUGAUACUCUCUAUUUAGCUCGUUGUAUGUACAAUGUACCCCUCCGUGUGUUCAUGCCUAUUCUGUAGGAAUUAAAGUGCCAACAUUUCCAUA